UGCAGCUGGAAGGAUGCUACUGUCGCCCGUGAUGUGUCUACCGCCGGCGGGACGUACGAGCACUACUGACGGCCCCGAGAGGAGAGGAUUACGCGAGGAGGGCUCGUCGCCGUGAGCCUAGAAGAUGGCCCGGCUCGCCGACUACUAUCUAGUGGUCGGCUACGACCUCGACAAGCGAGCGGAGGGCGAAGGUCAAGGUCGCAUUCUGCAGCGGUUUCCUGAGAAGGACUGGGAGGACAGCCCCUUCCCACAGGGCGUAGAGCUGUUCUGUCAGCCCAGCGGUUGGCAGCUGGUUCCUGAGCGCCAGCCGGCCUCGUUCUUCGUAGCGGUUCUGACGGACAUCAACUCAGACCGUCACUACUGUGCCUGCUUCACCUUCUGGGAGGGCCUGGACAACCCACAGGUGAGACCCUCCCCACAGGCCGGCGAGGAGGACGAGGAGGACGAGGAGGACGAGGAGCCGACUCGGGUCUACGCCCCCAAGAGCCUGGUGCUGGUCUCCAGACUGGACCUCACGGAGGUCUUCAGGAACUGUUUGGGGUUGAUCUACCCCCUCCCAUGGCUUGCGGUGGCCCAGCUCUUCAGACAGCUCGGCAUCGUCAACGUGUUGUUCCUGUUCUGCGCGGCGCUGACGGAGCACAAGAUCCUGUUCCUGUCCAGCAGCUACCAGAGGCUGACGGACGCCUGCCGCGGCCUGCUGGCCCUCAUGUUCCCCCUCAAGUACAGGUGGGGGUCCCCUCCUCCUCCGAGGCCCUGUGUUUUGGAUCCCGAGCUGGAGCUCGCCGACCACGCCUUCCCCCCCCCCUCCACGCAGCCCUCAGCGCUCAAGAUCCAGGACAAGGAGCUCCGGGCUGUGUUCCUGUGGCUGUUCGCUCAGCUCUUCCAGGGCUACCGCUGGUGUCUGCACAUCAUCCGCAUCCACCCAGAACCCGUGAUCCGCUUCCACAAGGCCGCCUUCCUGGGUCAGAGGUCGCUGACGGAGGAGGACUUCCUCAUGAAGGUGCUGGACGGCAUGGCGUUCGCAGGCUUCGUGUCGGAGCGAGGGCCCCCGUACCGCGCCACCGACCUGUUCGAUGAUCUGGUGGCCAAUCACGUGGAGCGGAUACGACAAGAGGAGGCGUGUCCACACAAAGUCCUGAGCCACGUCCGAGAGCUGGCCGAGCAGCUCUUCAGAAACGAGAACCCGUAUCCCUCCGUUGCGAUGCACAAAGUCCAGCGGCCGUCGGAGCGCAGCCAGAGCGCGGCUCAGACGGCGUCUCUGUUCCCCGCGCUGGACGACGUGGCGGUGCAGCUCUUCAUCGACCACGCCGCCUCCAAGCUCAGGACGGCGCCCGCUGUGGUCAGGGUGGAGGUCAAGGCCAUGGUGCCGUCGGGGCCUCCACUGGGAGACAUCGUGGACAGGAACGGCCACGUGCUCGCCAACAGCGCCCGGCGGCUGGAGGUGGUGAGGAACUGCAUCACCUACAUCUUUGAGAACAAGAUGCUGGAGGCCAAGAAGUUGAUGCCGGCGGUGCUGCGGGCGCUGAAGGGCCGGGCGGCCCGGGUCUGCUUGACCCAGGAGCUCAAUCAGCACGUCCUGCAGAACCGAGCCGUGCUGGACGACCAGCAGUUCGACUGCGUGGUCAGGAUGAUGAACUGCACCCUACAGGACUGCUCUCACAUCGACGAGCAGGGCAUCGCUGCUGCCCUCCUGCCACUGGUCACCGCCUUCUGCAGGAAAAUGGGCGCGGGCACCACCCAGUUCGCCUACAGCUGCGUUCAGGAGCACAUGGUCUGGACCACCAUGCAGUUCUGGGAGGCCAUGUUCUACAGCGACGUGCAGAGCCACAUCAGAGCUCUGUACCUGGAGACCGAAGAAGAGGAGCAGCAGAACGACCACGAGGACGUGUCGGGCGACGGGAGGGAGGUCGGCGCCCUGGAGCUGGCGGCGGAGCAGAGCCGGCUGUGGCCCGCGCUCAGCAGGGAGCAGCAGACUGAGCGCGUGCAGAAGGAGGAGAGCACGGUGUUCAGCCAGGCCAUCCACUACGCCAACAGGAUGAGCUACCUGCUGCUGCCGCUGGACACCAGCAAGAACCGGCUGCUGCGCUCCACGGGCCUCGGGGACCUGGAGAGCGUCAGCAACAGCUACGUCACCAGCAGCAUUGCCGGUAGCGUGGCGGAGAGCUACGACACGGAGAGCGGCUUCGAGGACGCCGAGAGCUCCGACGUGGCCAACGCCGCGGUGCGCUUCAUCAACCGCUUCGUGGACAAGGUGUGCAACGAGAGCGGCGUGACCAACGAGCACCUGAAGGCCCUGCACGCCAUGAUCCCAGACAUCGUGCAGAUGCACAUGGAGACGCUGGACGCCGUCCACCGGGAGAGCAAGAGGCUGCCGGCCGUCCUCAAGCCCAAGCUGCUGCGGCCCACGCUGCUGCCCGGCGAGGAGCUGGUGAUGGACGGCAUGCGGGUCCACCUGAUCCCCGACGGGCGCGAGGAGGCCACGGGGCUCACGGGGGGGGCGGCGCUGCUGCCCGCCGAGGGCGCCAUCUUCCUCACCACCUACCGGCUCAUCUUCAAGGGCACGCCCCACGACCCGCUGGUGGGUGAGAAGGUGGUGACUCGCUCGUUCCCCAUCGCCUCUCUGACCAAGGAGAAGAGGAUCUCCGUCACGUUGGCCAUGGACCACUCCGUCCAGGAGGGGCUCCAGCUGCGCUCCUGCACCUUCCAGCUGAUGAAGAUCGCCUUCGAUGAGGAGGUGGCCUCCGACCUGGCCGAGGUCUUCAGGAAGCACCUGCACAAGCUGCGCUACCCUCAGCACGUCCAGAGCACCUUCGCCUUCACCGUGGGCCAGAGCGGCAAGAUGGUGGCGGAGCACAAGGCCAAGGACAAGAACCAGUCCCUCAAGACACUUUCCAAGAACCUGGUGAAGACCGCCAAGAGGACCAUCGGCCGGCAGUACGUGACCAGGAAGAAGUUCUCGGCCCCCGCCUGGGAGAGCAGCUUCCAGGCGGAGCUGGAGGAGGACCAGGUCUCAGUGUCUGAGGAGGCGGAGCCGAGCUCGCUCACCCUGUCCUCCACCAUGCGCUCCUCCUCCUCCUCCGACCGGCAGACCAUGAGCAACGUGGUGGAGCGCGCCUGUUGCCGUGACUACCAGCGCCUGGGCCUGGGCACGCUGAGCAGCAGCCUGACGCGCUGCAAGAACGAGCCCUUCAGGAUCUCCACCGCCAACCGCAUGUACACCGUCUGCAGGAGCUACCCCGGGCUGCUGAUCGUUCCUCAGAGCAUCCCGGACACGACCAUCCAGAGGAUCUGCCGCUGCUACCGGCAGAACCGCCUCCCCGUGGUGUGCUGGAGGAACCCGCGGACCAAGGCGGUGCUGCUGCGCUCGGCCGGCCUCCACGCCAAGGGGGUGGUGGGCUUCUUCAAGUCCCCCAACGCCCCGUCCUCAGGACCCUCGCAGGCCGACUCCACCGGCCUGGAGCAGGAGAAGUACCUGCAGGCCAUCGUCAGCUCCAUGCCGGGCUACAGCGAGGGCGGCGGCAGGAACACACUCGGCGGCUUCACCUCCACCCACAUGAGCAGCUCCGACUCCUCAGACAAGCUGAGGCAGCCCAAGAUCGGAGCUCUGAUGAAGCAGGUGAUGGGCACCAAGGAGGAGACCUUCAGCAGAGGAGCUCUGGGUCAAAGGGCCAAAGUCAUCUCCCUCUCCCAGCCCAAAGUGUCUGGCCAGGCCAGGACCCCCCCUAGAGGGAAGUGGGGCAGCAUCCGGGGCAGCGGGCGCCUCAGCGCCUACAACCCCGACGUGGGCCCUCGUCUGGCCGUGCAGGAGGCCCCGCAGCCCAACGGGGGCCCGAGCGAGGCGCUGUUCCUCCGCCAGCAGAAGGCCUUCCUCUACAUCAUCGGGGACAAGGCGCAGCUCAAGGCCGGGAAGCAGGACUCGUUCCAGCAGUGGGAGGUGGUUCCCAUCGAGGUGUGUGACGCGCGGCAGGUGAAGAGCAGCUUCAAGAAGCUGAUGAAGGCCUGCGUGCCCAGCUGCUCCGGACCGGACCAGAACCUCAGCUUCCUGCGCUGCCUGGAGGAGUCCGAGUGGAUGGUUCUGCUCCACAAGGUGCUGCAGGUGUCCGUGCUGGUGGUGGCGCUGCUGGACUCGGGCUCGUCGGUCAUGGUCAGCCUGGAGGACGGCUGGGACGUCACCACGCAGGUGGUGUCUCUGGUGCAGCUGCUGUCAGACCCGUACUACCGGACGUUCGAUGGCUUCCGGCUGCUGGUGGAGAAGGAGUGGCUCUCCUUCGGCCACCGGUUCAGCCACCGGGGGGCGCAGACGCUCGGCAGCCAGAGCAGCGGCGUCACGCCCGUCUUCCUGCAGUUCCUGGACUGCGUCCACCAGAUCCACCUGCAGUUCCCCAUGGAGUUUGAGUUCAGCCAGUACUACCUGAAGUUCCUGGCCUACCACUCCGUGUCCAGCCGGUUCCGGACCUUCCUGCUGGACUCGGACUACGAGCGCAUCGAGCUGGGCGUCCUGUAUGAGGAGAAAGGAGAGAGGAGUCCCCAGGUGUGCCGCUCUGUGUGGGACUACAUCGAGCGCCUGAACAAGAAGACGCCCGUCUUCUACAACUACCUGUUCUCCCCCGAGGACGAGGAGGUGCUGCGGCCCUACACCUUCCCCUCCAACCUGAAGGUGUGGGCCUUCUACCUGGAGGAGACGCUCUCCGAGGGCCCGCCCUACGACGGGGAGCCGAGGGCCCGGCCGGAGCGGGCGGCGCCGGAGGACGCGCCCGCCUCGCGGCGCCGCGCCGUGUGGCCGUGCUACGACGGCCUGAGAGAGGCGCUGCCCGACGCCAUCACCACGCUGCUGCUCCACCUGCACGGCCUGGAGGCGGAGCUAGGACACACGCCGGACAGGUGGAGGGACACCUGGGACAAGGUGAAGACGGCCCAGAGGCCCGAGAGCCAGCCGUCGUCCUCCAGCUCGCUGCUCCUGGCGUCCAACCUGAGCCACCAGCGGCGCUCUCAGCGCGUCUACCUGCAGGAGAGCGCCGGAGGCUCCUCCCUCCACCUGGACGGAGAAGCUGGCUCCGCCUCCACGCCCGCCGCCGGCCGGCCGAGCAGCAGCUCUCUGUACAGCCAGUUCCAGAGCACGGAGAGCGAGAACAGGAGCUUUGAGGGCAUCCUGUUUAAGAAGGGCGCCAUGUUGAAACCAUGGAAGCCGCGCUGGUUCGUGCUGGACAAGACCAAACACCAGCUGCGGUACUACGAGACCCGGCAGGACAAGGAGUGUAAAGGUGUGAUCGAGCUGGGCGACGUGGAGUCCGUGGUGGCGGGGGCGUCGGCCAUGGGAGCGCCGAAGAACAUCGAGGAGAAAGCCUUCUUUGAUCUCAAGACGACGAGGCGUGUUUACAACCUGUGCGCCCAGGACCGCCUGAACGCUCAGCUGUGGAUGGACAGCAUCCAGAGCUGCCUGUCCGACGCCUGAGGGGGCGGGACUAAGGAGCCUCGAGAGCGGGGGGCUCAAGCUCCUCCCACCUCGUCAGCGCCGUGUCGAACUAAUAACUUUGCGUCACCACGUUUCAGUGUUUUGGUUUUAUGAAAAAAAUAUCAGAAAAAGAACCAAAACAAGGAAUAAAGAACGAUGUCCGUGAAGACCCCCCCCCCCCCCCCCGGACCACUAUGCACGUGAAAACCUUAGUGGAGCAUUUCUGUGACGCUUCUUACAGCGUGGACCAGCGGGAAGCCCCGCCCCCCCUGAGAGUCUGACCACUAUGUGGACCAGCGGGAAGCCCCGCCCCCGCUGAGAGUCCUGUAAGACCUGAGCAGCCGUGGUCGGUCCAGGACCACGACACGGGGAACCGGCCCGGCUGCUCGGGGGGGUCAGGGGUCAUGAAGGAUUUAUUUUUUUGUCAGAGGUCAGCGAUACUUCUCUACUUCUCUAUCUGUGUGUACUGUGAAGCCGUGACUCAGAUCAAAGCACGAGGCGUGAACCGGUCGCUGAGAGUGUUUACAAAGUAGACCCCCCACUGAGCUGACUGCUCUGUGUUCAACAUUAACGACCACUACGACAACGACCUGGAGGUCAGCUGGGGUCACAUGAUGGAGGAAUACCCUGAAACCGGGCGAGCCGCGGCACCCAGAUACAGACAUCUAUAUAUAUAAAUAUAUAUAUAUAGAUGUCUAUAUAGAUAUUUAUAUGUAUGUAUUUAUAUAUAUAAAUAUAUCUAUAUAUAGAUGUAUAUAUAGAUAUUUAUAUGGAUGUAUAUAUAUAUAUAGAUAUUUAUAUAUGUAUAUAUAUUUAUAUAUAUAUAAAUAUAUAGAUAUCUAUAUAUAGAUGUAUAUAUAGAUAUUUAUAUGUAUGUAUAUUUAUAUCUAUAUAUAGAUAUAUAUGUAUAUAUAUAUAUAUACGUGUGUGUGUGUAUAUAUGUGUGUAGCCACAUAAAUGCAGCUCUCUGAUUGGUUCCUCAGGGAAGCAGGCUCCCAGCUGUGACGUCUGGUUCAGCCUGUUCACUAAAGUAGAUCCCUACGCCUCCACAAGAGAAGAGGACUACUUUCUGACCACUGUGUGAUCCGUCACGAUCCUGUUGUUAGUGCUCAAAAUGUAAUUAUUAUUAUUUUGUACUUUUUAUUCAGCUGUGAGAGUUUAACUGGAAACGGACUCGGGUCCAAGGCGUGAGGCCACGCCCCCUCCUGCUCAGAGGCCACGCCCCUUCAGUACAGUCAGCUGGAAGGGUUCAAACACGUCAGACUGCCCCCCCCCCCCCCCCCUGUAAAAUACGUUCACCUGCUGUCGUUGAACUUUUCAUUUUAAAUUGUAUAGUCUUUAAUAACUUUGUAUAUACUCCAGAUUUGUACGUAACGUUUACGGUCGUAAUUUAUUUAACUUUGUGUCCUCAGUCUGAAGCUCCUCCCCCUCCUGUUUAAUUCCACGUGCCAUGUGUUCCUGUUUCACUGUUACGCAAUACCACCUCUGGGUCAAGACAUGUUGCUCUGGAUGUUCUGCAGGGUUCUGCUGGACCUCUAUGUUCAUGGACUAGUGAGCGGACGAGUCUCGAGGCCAACGUCCUCCUACUGUGGAGUGAUGAGCGGCCUCCCUCGGGUCGGCACUCGCCCUUCAGGUGACCUUCAGGCCAUCCGGGGCCAGACGUCCAGCGUUUUAAAUGUCUGACCGGCAGCCGAAGACAUUUUAUUGACUUCAUUGUGAGUUGCGUAACGCUUGCGUAACUUCCCGAGCAGAUGGACCAAAAUGGCGGCAGCAGGAAGUGGUCCUGCGCCUCUAGCGUACUCGUCUCCGUGGUUACGCUCGACAGCUUAACAUAACUACGUCAAACUUUUUAUUUAUUUUUCCUCUUUUAAAUAUUUUUUUAAUUAGAAAUGACUUUCUGAGCCGGUUGUGUCGUCAUGUCAACAUCGUCUAGGAUCCCAAUAAAAACUGUGGGUUUAAA